AAGAUGGAUAUGGGUAGCAAAGAGGUCCUGAUGGAGAGUCCGCCGGACUAUUCAGCAGCCCCUCGGGGCCGGUUUGGCAUCCCCUGCUGCCCACUGCACCUCAAGCGCCUGCUUAUUGUGGUCGUGGUGGUGGUGCUGGUGGUUGUGGUGAUUGUAGGGGCCCUGCUCAUGGGUCUUUUCAUGACCCAGAAACACACAGAGAUGGUCCUGGAGAUGAGCAUCGGGGGGCCGGAAGCCCAGCAGCGCCUGGCCCUGAGUGAGCAUACUGCCACCACAGCCACCUUCCCCAUUGGCUCCACUGGUCUCGCUGUCUAUGACUACCAGCGGCUCCUAGUUGCCUACAAGCCAGCCCCAGGGACCUGCUGCUACCUCAUGAAGAUGGCAGUGGAGGACAUCCCCAGUCUGGAGGCCCUAACUAGAAAGUUCCACAACUUCCAGGGCAAGCCCGAAAUGCCAGCCUCCAAGCUGGGUCAGGAGGAGAGCAGUGGCUCUGGCUCAGCAUCACCGGGGGGCCUGGCAUUCCUGGGCGCCGCUGUGACCACCCUAUGCGGGGAGGUUCCCCUCUACUACAUCUAGGACCCCUCAGGACCCCAGGAGCCAGGGAGGAACCCCUACAGCCUCGGAGGAUCUUUGACAGACACGGGAAGCUGCUCCCCGAAACCA